AUGUGGCUGCCCAUACAAAAUGUCGCUCAGUUUUUAUGUCCCUUGGUCCACGCCCAAACAGUCACCGUCACCCUGUUACCAGUAUCUACUGUACAAGGCCAAGCAGCAACACUCACCUGUACCUUCUCACUGGAUGGCCCUGGUGCCUUAUUCAACGUGGUAUGGAGACAGAGAGGCACUCUUAUUGCUGACUUUUACAACGGAGCCCAGACACCAACCUACGGCACUGGAUUUUCUGAACCUGAUUAUGUUGCAUCAAGGAAUGAUUCAAUGAGUACUCUGACGAUAGCAAUGUUUCCAUCAAGCAUCACCCUAUCCGACUUAACUGGAAGUUACCCUUCUACUGGCGGUACAGCAUAUCUUAUUGAAGGUGUGGACCGUCGGUUCACCUGUGAGGUACCAGACAUCAACCCAGCAGCAUCAUUCACUUGGUCUGUGGAUGGAGGAGUCAUCACACCCGAUAACACCGUGAAUGUUACAGGUGAUGAUAAAUUAACUACCAGCACGAGUCUGGCUACCGUAUCACCAGCAUGGAACAGCCACGGAGAGAUGUUACAAUGCCAGGCUUCCAAUAAAGAUGGCCAUGACGGGAUAAGCAUCAGCGUUACACUUGACAUUAAAGUGCCACCCAAGACCUCAUCCAUGUCAAUGUAUGAUUCCAAUGGAGCGUUCGCACCAGGAGGUUCAGUCAGCGUAGACCAAGAUGCAUCACACACCUUCACAUGUCAGACUCAGUCUCGACCUGCAGCUACCAUCCAGUGGGAUGUCGGUUCUCCUAGUUACCAGCAGAGUAUCAUCGGACCAACCAAUCCAGGCCCAGGCAAUGGUUUGGUUGAUACUACAAGAACCUGGACAUUCACUUCAAACAGAACCAAUCACAGACAGGAUGUGAAGUGUAUGGCCAACACUUCAGAGUCCCAGCAACCAUACCCAGCAGUCAUGGUUACAUUGAAUGUCAAUGGUCCCCCUGACAUGCCUGUGAUCUCAGGCAAUGCUGGUAGCACAUCUAUGACGGAGAAUGACUCCAUCGUGUUAACAUGUACAGCAGACAUGGGAUAUCCUGAUGACUGGACUCUGGUUUGGUCCAAUGGCGGCUCACCAGGUCCAUCUACGAGCUCGUCGGCAUCAGGUGAUCGCUACAGCUUCACCAGCACGCUGGACUACACCCCAAGGAGACAGGAUAAUGGAAACACCAUCACGUGCACAGCAAAUAGGGCCCCGUGGAUCCCUGGACCAGUGGGAUCUCUGGGUCCAAUUGAUGUCAAGUUUUGUGCACGCUCACGAAGUGUUACACAGAUCCCACCACAAGCAACAGCAGGGAGUUCAGUUAGCUUACGCUGUGCGACGUCAGAGAGCAGCAACCCAGCUACUUCUCUGAUAUGGUCCAAGGAUAAUGUGAACUUAGUGCCAACUAAUCAGUCAAAUACAACAGGAGAUUACGGGGGCAGACUGACUAGUGUCAGCUACACCAUUUUCCUGAACAAGACUAACAACGGAGAAGUUUACAAUUGCUGUGCCACGAACCCAACCAUCGCAUCAUGUGCUACGCCAUUGUGUGAAAUGCAUACUUUGAAUGUCAGAUAUCCUCCUGACUUCAUCUUGUUGAAUCAGACUCCGCAAAGCCCCGUCACUGAAGGCAGUGAUGAUGUAACCCUGACGUGCACUGUAGAUGCUAAUCCGUCUACUGUUGAAAUCACUUGGAAAAGGAACGAACAAGUUGAUGCGCUUAAAACAACGAGUGGCGUCACCAGUACACUGAGUCUACGUAACAUCAGGAGGGAGGAUGCUGGCUACUACACAUGUACAGCGAAUAACGGUGUGCCUACAGAUAAUCCUACUGACGUGGUUUCAUCUCCAAUCACAGUCAUUGUACACUAUGAAGUGAACAUCACCAAUAAAGCAAUGAAUGAAGUAGGAGUCAAAGAUGGUGAUACUGCCGUCUUAACCUGCGUUGCUGUGGGCAAUCCUCAGCCAGUCAUGGAGUGGUAUGGUCCAAACACCACGGGGAUAAUCAGUGACACGGACGAAGGAAAGUUCCUCAUCACCAAUGAGACAUCUGGUGGAGAUGGAGUUUUUGAAUUCAAAGUCACCAGCAAGUUGACCGUCAAGGCAGUAGAUUCCCAGGUUGAUUACGGGGUAUACACCUGCAUCAGUUCAAAUGCCAUCGGGAGAGAGGACUCACUGAACAUCACCCUCACUGGAACAAGACGACCAGACAAGCCUACUAGAGUUGAGAUAACCGAGAGGACGGCAGAGUCUCUGACUGUGACAUGGACACCUGGCUAUGAUGGCGGUGAGACUCAGUCAUUCCGGGUCAGCUACAUCAAGACAUCAGACUCCACAGAGGUCUUCACUGAAGAGACAGGUGGGAAGACAACAUCCACAGCGAUUGGUCUGGAUGACUACACAGAGUAUGAGAUCAGGGUGUAUGCCAAGAAUUCCAUCGGUGAAAGCAUUGGAUAUGGCAACACAAUGGGAUAUACACUGCCUGCAGCACCAAGCCCAGACUCAGGGAUCACUGUAGAGUUUAACAAGGAUGAAGAUACAGUUAAAGUCGAAGGGUUGAAGGAGGGGAAUGGAUGCAUCCAGCUGGAAGUCCGAUACCAAGGCAACGACACUUGGCAGGAGUGUGGGGAUUGCAUUGAGUCUGAUCAGACAGUGACCCUUUCUGAAUGGUGUGCGUCAUCACAGAAGCGAAGAAGACGAGCUGUAGGGGACAUUGAAGCUGUCCGCUCCAGACAUUGCAUUGGUGGUUUGUGUAGUCAACCAGCAGAAGCCGAUGAAGCAACACCACCUGAUCCAACUUCCUCUGGACCUGAUGUUGGCCUCAUCGUUGGAGCGACAGUAGGAGGCGUUGUACUCGUCGCUAUCAUCGUUGUUCUGGUUGUCUACUUGGUCAGGACCUCACCCAAGAAAAGAAGUGGCAAGGAAGAUUCCUUCAGCCGUGCCAAUGAUAUUCAAGAUGUUGAACUGCAAGAGCAAAGCCAUGAUGCACAGCCAGAGGAGAACAAUGGCAUAACAAAUGAAGCCCUGCAGAACAACGAAAGCGACGACGGUUACAUGCACAUGGAAAACAAAAGAAAAGUUGCAUACCCCGUACCCCCCAAGAGGGAAACAUCUCUCCCUCAAAAAACAGUUGAAGAUGAGAUAAUGAAAUCUGCUGCACCCAAAACGGCUGGAGAUGAGCCUACUAACAAAGUCCAAGAUGAGAUGGUCAAAUCAUCUCCAUCCAAAACGACUGGAGAUGAGGCUACUAACAAAGGAGAUUCCAAGCCACCAGUCACUCGACCGAAGCCCAAAGCCGUCAAGAAAUACCAAGCACCGAGCAAGACUGAAGUAGAUGAAGAAAUUCCUAAAAAGAAGCCAGAAAAAAAUGAAGAGCCUGAUGCUGAACCAACAGAAGAAGAUGGAUUGGAAGCAGACACUAAAGGACUCAUUCCUGUCAAGAGAUACACCGUGGACAGUGGAGACACCUAUGCACAGGUCAACAAGACUAAAUUGCCUCCUAAGCCUCAAUCGGCCAGAUCAGCUCCCACAAAUCUGCCUGAUGUGACCUAUGCUGAAGUCAACAGGGACAAGAAACCCAAACCACCUCCAGAUGACUACGCAGCAAAGAAGAAACCCAAGAAAUAUGUUCCUCCAUCAUCCAGAGCUGCUGAGGAGUCAGCAUAUGAAGAGGUGCAGAUCAGUGACAAAGACAAGGCAAAGAUCCCCCCAGCUGCAGCUUCUGCUGACACAUAUGCAAGUGUUGGGGGGCAACAGGACACAAGUGGACGAGUGGUGACCGAGGACGGCUUGAUCUAUGCUGAGGUGGGUCAUAUGAAGCAACAUCCUGUAGAUCAACCACCCAUCCAGACAGAGGAAUCAACGGAAUACGCUUCGCUGGACUUCACACGGAUGAAACCGGAGGAUAAGUAGACGCUGAUAAGGAAUGAUUUCGCUCAGCCGUAAAUAUGAAAAGUGUGUUCCAAGACAUUCCUUAAGGCAUGUUCAUGCUCGGUGCAAAACUGAAUGGGAAUUUGUCAUGUCAUGGCAAGUGCACGUAUGCUGCAAAUUCGGAUGCAGCCUUAUACAUGUUGUACCUUUAUGUGAUCAGUAUAUGUACAUCAUACUGAAGUUGUACAUUUAAAUAGUGAAUCACAAGAUACCUGUACUAGUAAUCGGGGGGUCGUUGGUUCGAGUCCCACCCAGUUAACCGUAGAAAAUGUUGUCACAAAGUCUCACAGAUAUGAGUAGAGAGUGAACACAUGAUUGUGAAAUAUGUCACCUAUGUUUUGUACUUAGUUUCUCAUUACGGUUUAUCUCAUGAUAAACCAAAUCGUUCCUUGAACCAAAUGAUCACAUUCUAGGAUGCAGAAGAAUAUGUUUAACACAAAACCUUCUUUGAAAAAAAAAUUGAUUUAACCUAUAAAAUGUGUCUAAUUUCCAAUAUCUGAACAAGCUGUAAAUAAACAUUCCUUGCCGAGAUUUUAAAGGUAUAAUAUAAACCAAAUUUCUUUUUGUCGUACUUUUAAAUUGAAUUUGUUUUGUGCUGUGUGAAUUAACAGCGUCCUUAAGCACUGAACUGAGAUAUACAGGGCUCUUAUAGACUCCGUGCACAAGUACCCCCUCAAUGGUUACAAAGGGAGAGUUGGGGGAGACCACUGGGAGGGAAUCUUGAGCACACAGCAGAAGGGCAAUUCCACGUUUACUCACGUUACAUUUUUGUAACGUGAGUAACCGAUUUUUAGUGUCUUGUUUAUCAUACAUAACACAUUUUUCUGGAUGUCAACUUUGGUGCUAAGGUAGGUCUAGGUCUACUCUAUCUACCAUGGGGAUUACAGUUAAUAAACCUUUUCAGUAAGGUAAUUACAGCCCAAGGAAACUCAAAAGUACAUCAAAAAUGUAACGUGAGUAACCGUGGAAUUGCCCAGAAGCACCUGACGCUCAUGCCAAGUUAUCACCAAUUCAUGCAGAUUGAAAACAAAAUUGUGCGUACUUUGCCCCAUGUGCCUACGAGUCAGUACGCGACAAGUCAGUACGCACAUGCAGCGUGUCCCUCCCAUUGGAGCUAUUGAAAGGGGUCACUAGGCGCCAUGCACUAUUCGUGCGCAUUGUCCACUGUUCAUGCGCGUUUGUUGAUUUGGUAUUUUUCCUCCACCCAUGCUCAAAUGAAUUCCUCACUUGAAUACAGUGUGCAGAUUUUAAGAAUUGGCAGUUUUGCUUAUUUCUCUCCAUAGCUCAAUUAUUUGAUCAUUUUUGUUUAGUAGGCAGACAUUUAUCCAAGACACUUUUAUUUUUAAAAUGUUUACAGUUUGGUUUUUAACUAGUUUGUUUGAGUAUGUACUUUAAUGAUAUAUAUUAAAAAUAAUUUUGUAUUAAUCAUGGUUGUCAUAGUUGUAUAAUAUAUGGAAAUAUGCAAAACGGUAAUAAUUUAUGCAGAAAUUGUUUAAGUUGUAAUAUCAUUUAAUUUUUGUAAAUAUAUUUGACUUUGUUCCUUCCAUUAUUUUUAAUAUACUAACAAUCGUCACAUUACAUUAAGUUUGUUUUUUCAAUAGGCAUUUGUAUGGGCACAGAUUGCCAUUGAUAAUUGACAGGAGGCAAAAGGUACAAGAGGUGAUCUUUCAAUUUUGAGGAAGUGUGGGGUUGAAAAAGUUGUGGAACUUUAAAAAUUUAAAGAAUAUCAGAGCCUUGAAAUAUCUGUCUUCAAGGUGACUGUGGUGCAUUCUGGGAACUAGGGGUGUGAUUGGUCAGGAUUUUCCUGCUUUCAGGACACUGAAUCUCUUUUAAAAUCUGGAAGUCCUGAGUUUUUACCGUAUUAUGGGUUUCUGCAGAACAAACUUAAUGGGUGUUAUUACUUUGUGAGGGGUGUCUGAAGGCAAAUAUAAACGAAUACGAUACACCCUACAUUGCUGUGGAAUGUCAUCGACCUGCAAACCUUCUGCCCAUUAUUUCUCGGAUUUUCCAUUAUCUUCCAAUCUCACUCCUUAUAGGCAAUAGACCUUUAUCAUGCUGCCACCAUUUCAGUCAUGCUCCCUGUACAUGCUGUAUCCAAUAACCGUACUCAAUUAUAAUGUUUUUGUGCAACAACAAAAAACAGACUAUUUUUCCUUCAAGGCUCGCUUUGGUUAUGUUGAUUUGAAUGGGAAAAAUCAAGAUGGCCGCAACAUGAUAAUGGUCUAUUGAAGGAGGGGUCAGCCCUACAUUUAGAUUCCAGCUUCCAAAAUUCAUGGAGACUUAAACAGAAUCGGUGCUCGAAAACAAAGAAUCAUUAAUUUGUACAGAAAGUGGCCCCCUCUCCUUUUUUUGGGGGGGGUGGGGUGUUUUAUCCAAUUAUUUGGGAACAGCAUAGUCUCUUUCUCCCUGCACACCUAAAGUGAACACAAUUUUCCAAAGAUUGGAGUUCAGCAUGUUCUUUUCUGUAAAUGUCCCAAAAAUCAGGAGCAGGUUAUUUUUUCUGAACGAUCCGAUAUAUCUUGGUGCUUUGUCACAUCAGAAUAACCUGCCUUAUCAGAACCCAUGUGAUCAGGUGUUAUUGACACUGUGGAUAUGUUAAAGGCAUUUUUUGGAUGAAAAUGCCUUUAGGCCUACUUUUAUCACUGUGGGACUACUCACAAGCAAAAAUGGACAAUCAAGUUUAUACUUAUAAUUGUUUAAAACAUCUUUGACUCGGAAAAAUCCUACGAUUUUGUGCUUGAUGACAAAAUAAGAGUAACAUUCCUGUUUUGAGAGACCAUUUUUAACUUGUAUUUUUUUUACAUGUACAAUUGCAGAUCUUACAUCAUUUCACACCAUAAGAAUGCUCUUCUUCCCUAACUUGUAUUUGUUUCAACUCUGGUUUGUUGUAAGAGCUGAUAGAAGUCAUUGUACCUGUUUUCUUAUAGGCACAAGUCUUUAACUCACCUUCCGAUAUGAAUUUAUAAGACAUAUUUUUGUUUAACAUGAAAUAUUGUUUUAAGUUUGACAAGGCAUUUCGAAAGUUAUAUAAUCAUGUUACUCAGAGCUAUUUUUUAUGGACCUAUACUAUGCUAUAAACCACCAGAUCCAACACGCAGGGAAAUAUUAAAUAUAUUCCCGAUCGGAUAAUUUGUGUAACAAAAAUAUACGCAGUAUUUUGUUGUGCAUUUGAGAUCAGUUUAUGCACCGUUUAAUGGAGAGUAUCUGGCUUGUAAAUUGCUUUUGUAUCAUCGACCACGAUUUUGAAAUAUGACGAAUAUUUUUUUUAUAUAUCGAAAGAACAAAGCAUUAAAAUUGAAUUAACAAAUUUGUGUGAGGAAUAUAAGUACUUCAAAUUGCCAAAACACCCUACUGAUUAUAUUUGUAAUUAAAGAAAUGCAGAUUUUUCUAAAUGAUAUAUUUUUAAUACAGUGAGCUUGCAGCUAGUGCUUGAUGGUAUUUUCUUCCAUCCAGAUAUUUACAAAUUCCUGCAAAUGAUCAACCAAAAUAUGUAUUUUUGUGUACUAAUCAAACUGUAUAUACACGUAUAAAGCAGAUUAUAGAUUUUAUUGAGACUUUAUCUUUUACAUAUUUUACAUCUUUGUGCUUACAGUAAUAGUUGAUCUUUAAAGACGCGUCCCUUUGCUCUUAAAAACAACAAUUGGAUUUUAGAUUUUUCUCCUAACAGAUAAAAAAAAAAAAAAUUAUUCCGAUUUGGGGCAUUUGCAACCCUGUAAAAAGGGCUUUCAUUGUGCGUACAAGUGAACCCACCCUGCGAGAACCGAAAUAAUGUCUGGCAGCAUUAAUUUGAAUUUGAGAAGAAAUAAGUCAAUAAAUAAACGUCGUUGGAUUUUUCUGUUUCAUGUCUCAUUCAAAGGUGAAUAACGUUUAUAUUGCUAGAAAAAUAGCGAUGGAAAGUAACAAAUGCAUGUUUUGAGUUGAGACUCGAAAAGAACAUAGGAAAUGCGUCUUUGAAAUUUAGACUAAAAUGUAUAUUCGUACGUGUUUUAAAACAGUGUUGAACUCUUUAUCAGUUUUACUUUUUGGAAUUCAGAUUUUGGUUUAGUUUCUUAUAUUGCAAUUAGUUUUUGCUCAGUGUUUUUAUUUUCAGUACUCAGUUAAAAGCAAAUGAAGCAAUUUAAGUGGUUCCUUUUUAAAAAGUAAGUGCAUUCUUUAAAAAACGAGUUAUUGUAAUCAAGAUGUCGAUUUGCAUAUCGGAGUAUUUUAAUCCAGAUCAUGUUAUUAAGGAUGUACUGUCCUUGUUCCUCAAUAAGUUCGAUAUAAUUUUCCCUUUAAGAAUGUCUAUGCUCAAAAACAUUCUGCCCUGUGAGGAGACCGGAUAUUAUCAAUACUGACCGUGAGGCGGUAACCAGUCUACCUCGCUAGAACUGGAUAUUGAUGUCUGGCCGUAAAUAAUUUCAAAUUUAAUUCCAUUUGUUAGUUCCGUGGGUCGAUUUUUUGUUCUUUCUCAAAAGUGAAUAACUUCUGGAAAAUACACUGUAGUGUUUAAUCCUGACGCAACUUUUUGUUCGUCAUACAUCAUCUCAAUGAAGGUCAGUCAUUCCAAAAUGUUAAAAAGACGUGAAUCUGUGACUGAGAUACAUUUUCAUUUUGGUGAGAAACUCCUUUGAAAAUGCAUUCAACCCUCCACAGACUUUGUACACAACCAAGUAAGUGGUCUGGAUAAAACAUGUACAUUCUUUCCAAAUGUUAUAUUUUUGGGAAAAUAGCAGUUACGAAAAUAAUCAUUUCUUUUUUGGCGUGAAAUUGGAAUACAUUGUAUUUAGAAAGGACAGUACAUCUAAAUGUAUAUUACCGAGAUUUGAUUUUUAACCUUAAAUCCAACACCUGGAGCUGCUAAGCACAAGAGAGAUACGCUUAGCCAAACAAAAACAAACCAAAAAACCAAGAUGACCCGCCAAAAUGUCAUGCCAUGUUUGUUGUAAACUGGUAUACUCUGUCAGUGUUUACUUUAUACACAGUUUGCUCAGCAGUAUUUUCUGAUAAACAACUGCAUAAAAUUGCUACCUUGGAUUUUGCAGUAUAUAGGAUUUCGAUGUUUGCAACCAAACCACUAUUACGAUUCUGUUUUAAGUACUCUGUACAAAGAAUGUGCCCAUCGUGUUGGAUUUUUGGAAUUGAAGGAUUUCGUCCUCGUUAUGAUCUCUGUAAAGAUUAAAUGCAAUAUUUGUUUUAUGUUUUAAUUGUUUUAUUUAAUACUCAGUACUUACCGCGGUUUUUAAACAAAAAAAAAUAAAGGUUACUUUUUCCUUCAAAAGUCGGCUUUGUCUCAGAAUUUAGUUUCAGGAGUGUUUAGACUGCCGAGUUGGUGAUUGUGGCUUCAUGGAGUCCAUAUUCUGUAUCAGGAUCAUAAAUGUUUACAAUAUGAGGCCAUAGUAUUUCCAUUUGGUUUGGAAUUUAAACGAUUCUUGAUGAUUUGGAAACCAGACAUGAAGCCGAAUUCAAGACAAAGCCGAUAUUUGGAAAAUGUCAACUGUAGCCGUUAAGUUCUGAACAAGUUUGUAUAUUCUAGCGGGACAAUCGUGGAUAAGCAGCUCUGCAGUCUGAUUGGUUGAAUGUUUGUCAGUGUACAUUCUGAUUGGUCUGUGAACAUUACCCGUUUAACCUUUGACCUGUAGGAAUUGGUCAGCGACGAUUGAGAGGAAGAGAGUGUGGUUUUGAUAGCUUGUAAGGCACACGUACUUUCCAGUUGCAGCUGGGAUCGAAUAAAAACAAAGUGUUCUUGAUUUUAAUCCAUUCCUAGAAAAGUGCUGUCCAGUGAAAGCCAGAAAAGGAGCUCCAAUAAAUCUGCUGCAAAAUAAUUCAAAA